GCGCGGAGGCGGGGUCCCGGGCGGGCCGCCCUGGAGGCGGGGGCCGUUUCCAUAGCGGCCGCGGGAGGUGUCGCGCCGGGCCACUUCCUGGUUCCCGGGCUCGGCCGCGCCGGGAUCGGGGACGGAAACAAUGGGGCGGAGGGCACUGCGGUAGCCGCCGCGACCUGCCGCGCCGCCGGAGCCCGCAGCGCCUCAGCGCCCCAGCAGCGCCUCAGCCCGCGCCUCAGCCGCGCCUCAGCGAGCGCCUCAGCGAGCGCCUCAGCCCGCGCCUCAGCCGCCCCUCAGCGAGCGCCUCAGCGAGCGCCUCAGCAGCGCCUCAGCAGCGCCUCAGCCCCGCGCAGCCCCCGCCCCCGGCCCGGCCUGAGGACAUGUAUUCCUCUGAGCAGCCUUGGACAGCAGAGUGUGCUUUCCUCGUCGAUUGGGACUGCGCCUGGAGCCCUUUCCAGCCAUGAAUACAGACCAAGAUGUAGCCCUCAGACUUGCCCAGGAGAGAGCUGAGAUCGUAGCUAAGUAUGACCGAGGACGAGAAGGUGCAGAGAUUGAACCUUGGGAAGAUGCCGAUUACCUGGUUUACAAAGUCACGGAUAGAUUUGGCUUCUUACACGAGGAGGAGCUUCCCUACCACAAUGCAGCUAUGGAACGGCAAAAACAACUGGAAAUUGAAAGAACGACUAAAUGGCUGAAAAUGCUGAAAGGCUGGGAAAAAUACAAGAAUACGGAAAAGUUUCACAGGAGAAUUUACAAAGGAAUCCCACUCCAGCUCAGGGGGGAAGUGUGGGCCCUGCUCCUGGAGAUCCCAAAAAUGAAAGAAGAAACAAGAGAUCUUUAUAGUAAAUUAAAACUCAGAGCACGGGGUUGUUCACCUGAUAUCAGACAAAUAGACCUUGAUGUCAACCGCACGUUUAGGGACCAUAUUAUGUUUAGAGACAGAUAUGGUGUCAAGCAGCAGUCCCUGUUCCAUGUGCUUGCCGCGUAUUCCAUCUACAAUACGGAAGUUGGCUACUGCCAGGGCAUGAGCCAGAUCACAGCCCUACUCCUCAUGUACAUGAAUGAGGAAGAUGCCUUCUGGGCCCUAGUGAAGCUGUUCUCAGGCCCCAAGCACGCCAUGCACGGCUUUUUUGUCCAUGGUUUUCCUAAACUUUUGAGGUUCCAAGAACACCAUGAAAAGAUACUGAAUAAAUUUCUCUCCAAGCUUAAGCAGCACUUGGAUGCUCAAGAAAUCUACACAAGUUUUUACACAAUGAAAUGGUUUUUUCAAUGUUUUCUUGAUCGUACUCCCUUUACACUAAACCUCAGAAUAUGGGAUAUCUACAUCUUUGAAGGAGAAAGAGUUCUCACCGCUAUGUCUUAUACAAUCUUAAAAUUACACAAAAAACAUCUGAUGAAAUUGUCUAUGGAAGAACUCGUUGAAUUUCUUCAGGAAACCUUGUCAAAGGAUUUUUUCUACGAAGAUGACUUUGUAAUAGAACAACUUCAGAUUUCCAUGGCGGAACUAAAGCGGGCAAAAUUAGACCUUCCAGAGCCUGGUAAGGAGGAAGAGUAUCCUAAGAAACCUUUGGGACAGCUACCCCCUGAGUCCCAGCCUCCUGCUGUCUGUCACCUGAGCAACGGGCAGAAGAGUGUGGGCAAGGCCAGUCCCCAUGUGAGUGACAGGAGGGAAAGUGACUCCUCACCCCGCAAGAAGCUCGAGUCCCCCGUCCACCAGCAGAGUCGUGGCGGAACCCCGGAGCGAGCCAGGCACCCCAGAGCGAAGGCGCUGGACGAGGCCAACAGACGGCUGAAGGACGAGGCUGACCUGCGGAAGAAAGUCACCCCCCCGUUCCAGGACAAUUCCACUCAGUACAACCACGCGGCUGCUAACCAGAAUAGCAAUGCCACCUCCCAGGGCAGGCGGGAGUUCGUGCCCAGAUGGAACAAGCCGGCCGACAGCUCCGCGCCAGACAGCAGCACCAAGCAGGUGCUGAACCGCUCUGCUCCGCCCGCCCUCACCGUCACCGGCCCCAGCUCUGAGGCGCGCCUGGCCAACGGAAAUGGCCAUGGGCGGCAGAAGAUGCGGGCUCCGGGCACUGAUGAUGAGAAGCGGGGCUCCAAUGCCUCCCAGUACGACAACGUCCCCGAGAACGACAAUGGCGCAUGUGUGGAGGAGGCACUGGAGAGGGCGGUCGCGCACCCCCACAGCCCCAGGAGGCAGGCGGCCGAGCCCAACACCCCCGUCAGGCUCCCCUACUCGAGGUACGCGGCACAGCUGGAGGGUGCCGACCGAGGGCCAGUGCCCCCGCCCUCCUACAGCCACCCACCCGGGUACCGCGGUGACUCCCCACAGGCGCCCUCAUCCAGGAGACCUUACCCUUCGGCCCUCUCAGCCCACACUUCUCCAGACAGACCUUCCGGCCGCCCCACGCCCAUCGUCCUGCCUUCCAAUAGGAUCGAAGUGCUUCCAGUGGACUUCGGUGCUGGUGGCUACUCAGGCAGCUCAGGGUCCCCACAGCACGGGGCGUUCAUCAUCCCUCCUGUGGAUUAUUUGCCCGAUGACCGGAAGUGGUCGGAAGUGAGUCACACCUACAGACCCGAAGUGCACGGCCAGUCCUGGACACAGGAGGCGAGGCGCAAUCACCAGGGCCACUUGACGAAGUUUCCCACCUUCCAGCAAGGGCCCUUCCAGGACCACAGCCUCCCCCCCGUGUCCGUGGAUAGCCCCGUGCGCUACAGAACUUCCCCGGCGCUGAACGAUGCCGGCAGCUCGUCGGGGUUCCAGUGCUCAGGGCCCUCGCCGGCGGCCUACCACUACCGAAACCGAGACAGACUCGCCAUUCAGGAGUCAGUGUUGCUAUGAGAAAGACCUCUGCUGACACUCACGAGAGUGGGGCACGCUGGGAGACCACCAGGCUUCAUUCCUGGUCGCCAAAGCAGUAUUCACGUCUGUGAACAGACGUGCGCUUCCCGCCUAGGUCAGGAGUCCAGUCCGUGGCAGUGUGGCCACCCCGGGGGCCACCGCUGCAGAUGAACGUCAUCAGCGUGCUGUCACGAACCUGCUCGAAUGAAGUCCACAGUGAGGUGCAGCAGUAGCGUUCAGGGGCACACGCAUGCACAUACGUACACACGCACAGCGGCCCUGUCCCUAGUCUCAUUCCCGGCUCUCUCCAAAACCUGGACCUUGGGCUCCAUUGGUCCAUUCUGUUUGAGUAAUGUUACAAAGCACUGAGAAACUGGCUCUGGAUUUGGUAUUUUUGAGGCUAUAUGUAGUCUGUGUGUCUUUGACUAGAUAUUACGGGCAUCUACGCAUACCCAUUUGAACCCAUAACUAAAGAAUCCCUGUUAGAGGAACCUGCCUUUAAUCUGGAUCCAGAAAAUAAUUUAUUGUCUUGUACGCAUCCUUCCCUCCCCGCCCACCCCAGUCUUUAUUCCAGGUUUUGUCCCUUCUGUUUUUAACCCAGAUCCGAAACUGACCACCAGUCUCCAUUUCCUGUCUCUGCCUGCCCGCCCAGGGCUGUCACCCCCACUGCCUCUCCUUCCCCUCUGAGACACGCAGCAGGGGCAAGGCUGACUGCUCAUUGGUGCUUACAAACCUGGCCAGUUCAGGCCAGCUCGGGGCCAGAGACUGGCACUCGGGCCACUCCCAUGCAGUAGCAUGGCCACCCCUGCCUCUGUUAUGGUUCUGGCCAGAGGUGGGGAGAGCAUGCCCGCAGGGAGGGCAGCGGAGACCCUCUACCCUGAAAACCUUUGCCUUCUCCACGUGGCGCUUUCUGGCACUUUCUUGAGAGAAUGUAGUCAGUGGGAAUUGCUGAAGUUAUGUCAUCAGAUAAUCCUCAUGGGAAUGUGUGGGAGCUGGUUCUGCUUACCUCUAGGAAUCUGAGACGUGGGGCUUUAAAGAGUUAGAGAUUUACACACACACACACACACACACACACACACACACACACACACACUCUCAGACUGUGUGUGACUUCCAUGCUUUCAAAAUUCCUCCCCCCCCCCCUUUUCAGUUAAAAAAUUCAGGUUCAUGGUAAAAAGAAAUUAGUAAUGUUCUUAACAUUAUUCAAUUACACUACGAUUGCCAAAACACUGACAAAGCGUGGAGCACUCCACAGAGGCCCGACAGGGCGUGUCCUGGGAGCGGGCACCAGCGUAGAUCCGAGGUGGAUGGCCCGGGGCUGGCGCGGGGCUGUGGGCGCCCAAGGUACAGAGUGACAGUGGUGUAGCUAGUGAAUGUGACGAUAUGUCUUAUGUAUAUAGAGUCUAAUGUAAUUCUAAUCAAGUUGGUAAUGAUGUGAUGGAAUGGCCAAGCAGAUGCAGCGUCGCAGCACAGCUGAGUGCCCAUGCCUCUGGCCCCUCAAUUCCGAUCAUGUGGAAGCUCUGAAAUAAACAUCUGAAAAUGGCGCCAGAUAUCAAUUCCAGUUUUUAAACUGUGAUUCUGUAACUGGUAAUAAACCAAACUACAAUUUUGUGUAUGAUGAUGGCCUCUAAGCUGCUCAAAAAAUAUAUAUAUAAAUACGUACAUAUAUAUCAGUUGGGGUAAAUGCUGUAGAUUUUAUAUAUAUAUACAUGCAAGAUAUAUAUAUAUAUACACACAUACUAUUUUCUUAAGUCAUCUAUGACAUUUUUUAUCUAUACUUUUUUUGAUGAUUGUUUUUAACAUGCUAAAAGUAAUAAGUA